AUGGAAGUAAGGAAAGAGAAAAAAAAAAAAAACACAUGUAAUUUAAAAGAUGAGGAGAAAAAGAAAACGUCCAAAGGAUUUAAUGAAAAAACUAUAAUUGGAGAUAAGGGGAGUGAUAUAAAAAAGAAAAUCGAAAUAAAGAAAAAAGAUAACAAUGAUAAUAAAAAGGAAAAGAACAGAAGUAAUGAUAAUAAGAACAGUUUUUAUAAUUUAGACAAAAAAAUGAGUAAAGUUGAUGAGGAGAACAGAAUAAAAGAACAAGUUAAUAAUAAAGAUAAUAUUUCAACUGAUAAUAUGAAAAAUAAAAACAAUAAUGAUGAUAAUGAUGAAAUAAAGAAAAAAAAUUAUAAUAAAUUAAGAAGAAAAUUAAAAAAUCUGAAUUAUAAAGAAUAUUUAUGUGUCUUAUGUACACCUCUUGUUCAAAUAAUUUUUGAUGAUUUGAUUCAAGCAAUUCAUAAUUUUCAAAAAUUAUCAGAUAAGUAUGAAGAAUUACAACAAAAAUAUAAAAUAUUAAAAAAUGAAGAAAUAAGAGAAGGAGAUGAAAAAGAAAAAAAAGAUGAUAUAAAUGGGAAAGCAAAAAUAGUGGAAGAUGACAAAGAUGAAAACCAUACUAAAGAUUAUAAUAAUAAAAGGAAUGACAACACUAAUGUUGAUGGUAACAAUAAUGAUAGUGGUAAUAAUCCUUUAUUGUGUGAAAUAUAUGAAAACAAAAUUAAAGAACUUAAUAAAAGACUAGAUGAAGAAUGUAAAUUAAAAGAACAAUAUAUUUUAGAAAAUAAAAAAUUAGAAAUAUCCUUAAAUAUUAUAAAACAAAAUAAGAACAAAAAACAUAAUGAAGAUGAAAAUGAUACAUCUAGUUAUGAAUUAUCAUUUAGUGAUACACAUGAUUCAAAUUAUAAACCUAUGACAUCAUAUGACGAUAUUGAAUUAGAAAGAAAAAAAAAAAUAUAUCAAAAAAUGGGUAAAAAGAUAUUGAAGAAUAAACAGUCAUCUAUAAUAAAUGAUCAUACCUUAUCUCUGGGAAAAGAAUUAUCAUAUUAUAAAAAUCUGUGUAAGGAAUUUAAAGUUGAGUUGGAUUUAUUAAAAAAUAAUCAGAAGGGGGAUAGCACUACACAAAUGGAAGAUACUAUUGUCCAAGGUAAUGAUAAAUCUUUUGAGGAAAAGGACCAAGAAAUAAACUAUCUGAAAGAAAGGCUGCAUGAAUAUGAAAUUGAAAUUCGUAAGCUCAAUGAGCUUCGAUUAAUAAACGGAGUUAAAGAACAAAAAAUAUUGAGAGAUAAUGAAUCAUUAUCUGAAAGUAUGAUAAACGAAAAUUCUCAAAAUUUUCAUAAUUAUCAAAAUGAAAAGAAUGACGAAAAAACAUACAGCAUGGAUGAUAAUAAUAAUAAUAAUAAUAAUAAUUGUUCUCAUUGGAAAUGUUCAAAAAAUGAUAGUUCUACCUAUGAUGUUGACAACUUCAAUAAAAUUAUAAAAUCAAAAGACAAUGAAAUUUUUCAUCUAAAAAAUCAAGUUGUACUGUUAGAAACACAAUUAGAAAUAAAAAAUGACGAUGAAAAAAAUUUUAAUGAAAUAUAUAAUGGAAAGAUAAAGGGAGAUAAUAAUAUAUAUAUUAAUAUGAACAAGUCAGGCGAAAGUUAUAGUUCUACUAAAGAGGGAGAAACUUUCGAAGAUGAUGUAGAGAAAAGAAAAAGUGGAGAAAAUAUAAUAAAUGAUAAAGACAAUAAAAUGAAGAACAUGCAAGAUGAAUAUAAAGCAUAUUUUGAAUUAGAUGAAUUACGUGUUGAUAUGAAAUUAAAAGAAGAAAAUAUUGAAGAAUUAGAAAAAAUAAUAUUAAAAUUAAAAAAAGAAUUAAAAGAAGAAAGAAGAAAAAGUGAGAAAUAUGAAAGAAAAUAUAAUGAAGAAAAGAGCGAGCUAGCUAUAUUAAAAGAAGAAAUGAAUUCAUUAGAAAAACAAAUUGAAGUUAAACAAAGUGAAUUUGAUUUAAAUAAAAAUACAAUAAAUAAUUUGAAAUUAGAAUCUGCUGAAUUUAAUAAUAUUAUAUCAUGUUCAAAUGAAACGAAAAAACAUCUAACAGAUUAUAUACAUAAUUUAUUGAAUAAAUUAAGUGAAUGUAAUGAAAAAAUGAAUGAAUUAAAAGAUAUGAAUAUUUUGACAAAUCAAAAAAUAGAAGGAUAUAAAAAUGAAAUAAGAAAAUUAAAAACUGAUUUGAUCGAUUCAAAUAAUCAAGUAGAUGAAUUUGCAACCCUUUUAGAUAAAAAAGAUGAAGCAAUAGAAAAUUAUAAAUGUAAAUUAGAAAAUUUAAAUAAAGAGUAUUCAAAUAUAAAUAUGAAAUAUAAUGAAAUAUUAAAAGAUAAUCAAAAUUUACAGAUUCAGAAUUCUUCUAAUAAUGCAAACAGUACAUUAAUUAUUCAACAGUUACAACAAGAAAUAGAUAUAUUAAAUAUAACAAAUAAUCAUUUAAAAAAAGUAGAAGAAGAUUAUAAGAUAAUAUUACAAGAGAAAACAAUAAUUGAAGAUGCAGCUAUAAAGAUACAAACAGAAUUAAAAAAGUCAGUGGAGAAAAUAAAAAAUUUGGAAGUUUAUAUACAGACAUUAUCUGUCGAAAUAGGAAAUAUAAAAAAACAAAGAGAUGAUUCAUUAGAUGCACUAACAAAAGUAGCCAUUGAUAAAACACAAUAUGAAAAUGAGUUAAUACAAAGUAAAAAUAUUAUAUAUGAAUUAAAAAAACAAAUAGAUGAGUAUCAAAAUAAUGCAAGAUUUGUUGAAAAUAAUAUUACUGAGAUUAGUAAAAUACAUAUUAAAAAAGAAGAAGAAUAUACAUUAUUAAAAAAUGAAGUAAAAUCUUUAAGAGAAAAUUUAAAUGAAAAAAAUAUUAAAUUACAAUUACUAGAAGAGAAAGAAAAAAAAUUAGAACAGAAUCAUAUAGUAUAUAAUAAUUUUCAUUUAGAAGCUCAAAAGAAAUAUAAUUCAUAUGAAAAAGUUAUUGAUAAUUUAAAAAGAGAAAUAGAUGAAUUGAAUAUAAAUAAUAGUGAUAAUAUAGUAAUAAUUGAAAAAUUAAAGGAAGAAUUACAACGAGAACAAAAUAAAAAAUAUAAUAUCAAUUAUGAUUAUGUAGAUGGUUUUAUGGAUAAGCAAAUGGAUAUAUCACUAUCUUCUAAUAAAUAUGAUAAUAAUAAUAAUAAUAAUAAUAAUAGUAGUGUUAAAGUUCAAAAUCUUGACAACACAUAUGAUGUUAGAAAUAUUAAACAUGAUCAUAAAAAUAUUGUUAGUGAUAUAAAUGGAAUCAAUCACAAAAUAGAUGGUGAUACACAAAGGAAGGAACAAGAAAAUAUAUAUAAUAAUAUGCAAAAUGAAGAAAAGACCAUUUAUAAAGAAGAUGACAAUAAUAAUUUAACAUAUGAAUAUAAUGAUGAUUUUAAUAUUUUUAUUAAUUCAAAUAAAACUAAAGUUAAGAGUAAAACAAAAAAUAAUAUAGAUAUAAGAGAAAAUAAAGAAAAUGUGGAAAAUUAUGAAAAUGAUUCUAUAAAAAAUGAAGGACAUGUUGAUGAAAAUAAAGAAAUGAAAGAAGAAUUGCCAAGAGAAAAAAAAAAGCUAGAUACACAUUUUGAUAAUGUAUGUGUAAAGAAAGAAGAUAUUAAAAAUAAAGAUACAAAUGAUAGUAAAAAUAUAAAAAAAAAUUAUGAUAAGAAUGAAGAAGACCUACUUCAUAGUACAUCUAGUGAUAUGUCAUCUUAUCUUGGAAAUAAUGAUAUAUCUUUAUUUAGUAGUGCAAAAUUAAAAAAAAUGUUUAAUCUUAGUCAUACAUAUAAUAAAAAAAAUAAUGCAGACAAUAAAAUGGAUAGUGUGAGCAAAUUGAAAGUUGUGAAUAAAACAAAUACAAAUGAUGAUAUCUCUAAUAGUAAGAAAAACAAAAAUGAUUAUUAUGAUGAUAUGGCUUAUGAUUUGAAAAAAAAUUGGACAUAUAAUAAAGGAGAGAAAAAAAAAAGGGGGCAAGAAAAUAAAGAAUAUAUAAAUAAUGAUAUAAAAGGAAAUGAUAAUCACAUAAUGAUAGAUAAAAAAAAUAUAAAUAAGGAUUCUAUAAAUAAGAGGGAUAGUAUGAUAAAACCUAUCAAUAUGAAGAAAAAAUAUAAUUUGGAUAGUUCAUUUAUUGAUACUAUUGAUAAAUCUAUAUAUAAAAAUAAUCAAAAGGAUAAUUUAGAGAGUCAAAUUACAAGUGAUGAAGAAAAUGAUGAGAAAUUUCCAUUAUUUUAUGUUGAAGAGAAUAAAAAUAGAAAUAAAAAUAAAAGGGAUACACAAAAUAAAGGGGAUACACAAAAUAAAGGGGAUAUACAAAAUAAAGGGGAUAUACAAAAUAAAGGGGAUGUGUCUAAUUUAGAAGACGAAUUUGAUGAAGAUAUGAUGGUGAAGGGUGUAAUAAAUAUGAACGACAAUAAAAAUAAUAAUAAUAAUAAUAAUAAUUUAUCUAGAUAUCAUUCUAGAAAUAUAAACAAACUUUCUAGACAAAAUAAUGAUCAAAAUAAUAAUUAUGUAAAUAAUAAAAUUACAGAUAGUAAUGUAAGAAAUAAAUCCUAUGAUGAGAAGAAUAAGAAAAAAAAUUACAAUUUUAUUUCUCAAACUAGUUAUGAAGCUAAUAGUAAUAAUAGUAGUAUUGUUUUAUUAGAUUCUUUAAGUUCAGAUAUGGGACCUAACAUAAGUGUUGAUAAAUAUAAUCAAACUAAAAAUAAGGAAAUGAUAAAUAAUAGUCAUCAUAAUAAUAACAAUAAUAAGGGUUCUAGGAAUGAAUAUAAUAAUGAUCUAUAUAGUUCAAAUGAUUAUAAUAAUAUAAAAAAAGGUACUUUCCUAAUAAGUGAUAAUUCUCAUGGUGUUAAAAUGAAUACAUAUGAUAAUAAAGAUAAUAAAAAUAAAUAUACAUAUGAUAAUAAUUAUAAGAUGAAUAAAACAAAUAGUAAAAUGGAUAAAUCGUAUGAGAAUAAAAAAAAAUAUACAAAUAUAAAAAAUAACAACAACAAUAAUAAUAAUAAUUAUAACUAUGAUAAGUAUGAUAAUUAUGAUAAUUAUGACAAUGUGUAUAAUAAAGCAGUAAUAAGAAAUGAACCCGUUAUAUCUAACAAGUCUAAAAUAAAAAAGGAUUUAUAUAAUAAAUAUAUGGAUGUUUUAAAAAGUUUAAAAAGUGAAGAAAUGGAUGCUUCAGUUAAUACAACAAAUAAUAAAACUAUCGAUUUUACAAAUGAUUUUACAAAGACACAAGAAAAUUCAACAUCAAUAUUAUCAUCAUCUAAAACACUACAAAAAGAUAGUUUACUGAGUAAUCUUUCUAAAUUUAAAUUUAAUGAGGAGCUUCAUGAAUAUUCCUGUGAUCCCUUAACAAUUAUUAAGCCUAUUGAGGAAUCCAACCGAGAUUAUUUUGAAUAA